AACUAAUUAAAUAGAAUUCUCUAGUUAUUAUUGUAGGUUUAUACUACACAAUUUCAACAUUUGAUUAUAUGGAGAACCCAAUUGGUCCAGAAUAUUUGGAACUGGGAAAUUAUAAUGGAUUUGCUUACCAGAUUACUUGUACUGUUUCAGAUAAUUUUAUCAAUGGAUUUUUUAACUGAGGGAAACUGUCCAAAAAGCUGUCCCAAUAUUGAUGCAUUAUCUGAUACUGAGCGAUCCAACUCCAUGAUCAAUUAUAUCGAUCUCAAUUUAGCCGAAAAUAAAAAACUUCGUGAUCUAAUCGUUUUCGGGCACAAUGGUCUCCGAAAUCGUUUGGCCGAACGGUUGAAUGUCUGCGACAUGAUAACCAUGUUUUGGGAUACCAAAUUGUCUGACAUGGCUCGUUGUCAACACAUUAAUUGCACCACCCACCAACAGGACAUGCAAUUCAAUCAACGAUUAGGAAAACCUACACUUUUGAAAUUUGGCAAUUUGACUGCCAAAGAUUUGGCCUGGAGUAUGUUUAUGUGGCCAAACUUUCAAAUGGAGAAUUUCAUACAAAGGGCUAUAUUCCAUUGGUACAGAGAUCACAUGUGGCUUAAGCGACCCCAGAAAGUUUACCUUGUCCACCGAUGGUAUUAUGAGCUACACUUUGAGAGAACUAAUCGAUUUGCCCAAAUAAUAAAUCCCCCAACAAAUGCUUUGGGUUGUUCCCUUGCAAAAUUAUCAUCCGGCUUAAGUCUACUGUGCUACUAUAUGUCCCUUUUGCCACCAGUGAACGCUACGAUAUAUUUGCGUAAGCGACCCUCUGAGUACCAAUGUCCUUUCAAUUAUCCCAUUCACGAUGAAUUGUUUUCCCAUUUGUGCAAGUACGCAGAAUAUCGUCCUGAAGUCGUCACAUAAUAUAUAUUAACCCACCAAAUGCCCAAUCUGUGCACCACCUGGCAUGUGAAUGUGACCCUUAUCAUCUCCAUGGGUCUUGGUCGCUCUGUACCAACAUCCCAAAGCGAACACUUUCGCCUCAAACCAAAUGCAAAAAGGCCACAUAAAUUCCUGUUUUUGGUUUUGUUUAAGUUUUUGGUUUUUGGAUGGUCCGGCUGGGUCUCCUCUCCUCUUGUCUUGUCUUUUGUGUGUAGUUGGUAUUAACCAUGGCGUGAGUUGGAGAUGGAAAAGAGAUGGUCAUAAACGGAUUGCCCCGAGGGGGUUUUUUGUGAAACUUGCCUUGUUGUUGUUGUUGUUGUUGUUGUUGUUGCACACUUUUCAAAAAUGCCUGUCAAUGCGUGACAUUUCAUAUUUAAGUUUAUAAUCUGCAUG